AUGGCGCUCACCAAGCUUGUCAAGAUGCUGCUGGCAUUCGUGCUCGUCGCCCUCGCCGCGGCCUCAAACUGCGACCCCUCCUGCCGAAAGAUCGUCCUUGACUGCGCCAAAGCCAUCGGUCCGUAUAACGCCAAGGCCAUCAUUCCGGUCGAUAUGUCGCAGUGUCUCAGUCUCCUGUUCUGGAAAUUCGACGUCAGCGGCGCAUGGAGUUGGGGUUCAGCCGAGGACGCUUACUACGAGUGUGGUGACGGAGGAGAGCUCGAGUGUAGUGGAGAAGAGCUCGACGCUCAAGACCACCAGAACUCCGAAGAGCUCGAUCACGACCUGGACAUCAGCACCUACUACGGCCAAGCAUUCGUCCACCAAGACGAAGAAGCACUCAACUGGAGUCUGAUGACCCACUCCCCCCCUCCAUCCGGCCCCCCAACGCCUCCCUCCAAACGCGACGAUCCGAUCCACUGCGGCUUUGGCUGCAACAUCAACGAAUGCGCGCUCGUCUGUAUGCCGCAGUCGUACAUUGACAGCUACAAAAAGUACCCAGGCAACCAGUGGUUCGACAACAACGGCGCUGAGGUGACCGUCACGCUACGCAGCGGCGUGUGGAAGUGUAAUGGUGGUGGAUGUGUGCGCACGACGCAAACAGGCGAAUGUUGGACGUGGUGCGAUCAGUAUGGGCUGAACUGCCAGUUGAUGUGUAAGGGCAAGAAGACGAUGAGAAAGAGGGGGCAUUGCUGGGAGAUGUGUGAUCCGGGAGGGCUUCACUGCUCUAUCACGUGCAAUGCGGAGAAGGAGAAGAGGCAGUGCCGAGAGGUUUGUGAUGAGACGGGCAAGUGCACGAGCGAGUGCGUUGAUGAGCCGAAAAAGACGUGCUGGCAGGCUUGUGAUUCGCAGGGGGAGAAUUGCAGGGAGGAGUGCUCAGUUGUUGGCAAUAUCGACUGA